AUGUCGCUGUUCAAUGAGAAAUUGUUGGUCCCUCAUUUGCCGAAAGAGUUUGCCGAUGGUUUCAAAAUCCGGCCAUUGCAUGAAAACGAUUUCUCCAAAGGUUAUCUCGAUUUGUUGUCUCAAUUGACCACGGUUGGAAAAGUAAAUGAGACGAAGUAUUUCGAAAGAUUUGAGGUGAUGAAAAAUACUCAUCCAUUGUCUUAUUAUAUUGUUGUUAUCGAAGAUGUCAAAAAUAACAAAAUUGUUGGCUCGUCAAGUUUAGUAAUCGAAUGGAAAUUCAUACACGAAGCAAGUUCACGUGGAAGAAUUGAAGACGUGGUUGUCGACAAAGAGCAACGUGGAAAAAAGUUUGGCGCGGUUUUGAAUGAAAUAUUGGUUUCGCUCGGAAAAUCACUAGGAUGCUACAAAUUAUCUUUAGAAUGUGUCGAAGGACUUGUUCCAUUUUAUAGUCAAUUUGGAUACAAAGAUGAUUGUCAUUUUAUGACACAAAAGUUCUAA